CUUAGGGUGACAACGUCUUUAAACCCCGCGUGGCAAUCCCUGAUGCACCGCCGUGAUGCCCAGGGAAGACAGGGCAACCUGGAAGUCCAACUACUUCCUUAAAAUAAUCCAACUUUUGGAUGAUUAUCCAAAAUGCUUCAUUGUGGGAGCAGACAAGGUGGGCUCCAAGCAGAUGCAGCAGAUCCGCAUGUCCCUCCGCGGGAAGGCCGUGGUCCUGAUGGGCAAGAACACCGUGAUGCGCAAGGCCAUCCGAGGGCAUCUGGAGAGCAACCCGGCUCUGGAGAAACUGUUGCCUCAUAUCCGAGGGAAUGUGGGGUUUGUGUUCACCAAGGAGGACCUUCCUGAGAUCAGAGACAUGCUGCUGGCCAACAAGGUGCCAGCUGCCGCCCGUGCUGGUGCCAUCGCCCCGUGUGAGGUGACUGUGCUGGCUCAGAACAUGGGCCUGGGUCCCGAGAAGACCUCCUUCUUCCAGGCUUUGGGCAUCACUAUGAAGAUCUCCAGAGGCACCAUUGAAAUCCUGAGUGACAUGCAGCUGAUCAAGACUGGAGACAAAGUGGGCGCCAGCGAAGCCACCCUGCUGAACAUGCUGAACAUCUCCCCCUUCUCCUUUGGGCUGAUCAUCCAGUAG